AUGAACAUAAAUAAUAAUAUUCAAGAUUUACCAUAUCUAUUGAUAUCUAAAAUAUUAAGUUUCAAAGAACUGACAGUUUUAGAUUCAAUAUGUUUUAGUUUAACAUCUAAAAAGUUAUAUAAUAAUAGAGAUAAAUAUUUGAUAUUCAAUGAUCAUCAACUUACACAUGCUAAAGCACAAUUGAUUUACAACAGAAGUAAUCAUGUAACACUUAGAUCAUACACCAAACAAUUUCAACAAAUAUCGGAUAUUCAAUCUUGUAAACUAUUGAUUUGUGAUCAUCAAACCUCCCUUAAGAAAGAAUAUACAAAUUUAUAUGAUUAUACAAUAGAUAUUACCAACAUGAAGAAUACAGAUAAUCUUUCAGAGAAAAUACCUUUGAAUGUAAAGUGUAUUCACGUAUUAAAUUGGAGUGACGAUUGUAUAUUUAAUAUUUCAGAUAGUAGUAUAAGUGAACUCUUUAUCGUCACUGGCAACAAGCUAAAGAUAAUAUCAGGUUCACUUCCAAACACUCUUGAAAAGAUAACUAUCUAUAAUCGUCUCAAUGACUAUGUGUUGCCUAAUAGUGUUAGAACUAUGAAAUUCGAUUGUCGAAAUCAGCAAUUUAUUUCAGGAUUGUUCCCUCAGUCAUUGGAAUCACUCGAACUAGCUAUGCAUCUUCAUCCAUUGGUUGAAAACUCUCUACCAAAUCUGAAAUCCCUCCAUCUAAGUUCGUACAAUCCCACUUCAAUUGUUAAUAUUGGAAACCUACCUACAUCACUUCAAACUCUGGUAUUCGAGUAUGGUUAUUUUGGUCGAAUUGAGAACAUAUCUGCUAUCUCCCAAUUUCAAAGACUGACAACAAUAGAAGGAUGCCGUUUAGAGUGGGUCGCUUCACUUCCACCAUCUGUCACCAGCCUCAAAUUUUCCGCUUGCUUUCAAGAUACUAAUAAUAUUGAACCCGGUGUCAUUCCAUCGACAAUCACCAACCUCUACUUUGCAGACAUUGGAAAAGUAAAAUUACAAUCCGGGAGUAUACCAUCGAGUGUCAGAAAACUAACUAUUCUGGGCUAUAAAUACGAUCUGGAAGCUGGUGUCAUCCCGAUUGGUGUGAAAGAAUUCUAUAUCCUUUUGAGAUCUGCUAUUUUCACAGUUGAAUGUAUACCAAGCACUGUGGAAUCACUCAAAAUUACCAUAUUUUUAAAUUGCCAUCGAUUUAAGUCUGUAGAUCUUCAUUCACUACCAUCGAUCAAGAAACUUUCUUUGGGAAUAAGAAAUACCAAGAUAAGCAAAUUUCCACCGAAUUUGGAAUCACUUAAGUUUAAACUCUCUGGAGAUGCUGAAUUAUUAUAUUCAUCAUUACCAUCGACCUUAAAGGAACUAACACUCAUUUACACUAAACUCAUCAUCGAUUCAUGGAAUGUCGGUGCACACCACCAACCGAAAAGAUUGAUAAUGAAAGUAGAUAGCUUUUAUUUCAACGAAAACAGGUUGGAAGAUCUUCCAAUCUCUGUUGAAAUCGUCAAAAUCUCUAAUGCAGAAUUUCGAAGAUGUAAUAGUUCAUGUCUAUUCAUUGGUCACAAUCGAGAGUAUCCUGUGAAUGGUGGAUUCAUAGAAUCAACUGAACAAUUGAGAGAUUUACUUUACUAUAAAGUAUUGGAAAGAAAUAUAAAUAAUCAUUUAAUAUCAAGUUUCAUUACAUAA